AUGUGGAAUUAUCUACGCUCAUAUGUUAUUUGGCUUCAUGAACCUGAACAUGUUGCUCGAUUUCAACAAUAUUUUGGUAUAGUACCUAAAAUAGAUCGACCACCUGAUGUAAUACCAACACUUAAUGAGACUAAUUUAAAUAAAAAUAAUAAUAAUAAUAAUACUGAUAAUACUUUUUCAAAUGACGAUAAUGUUCAACGAAAUACCAAUGGAAAAAAUAGUUAUGAUUCGAAUGUUUUGGAUGAAUGUAUGAAUGAAAUUAAACAUAAUGCUCAUCAAAAUAAACAUGGUACAACUCAGAAUACAUAUACAAAAGAACAUCCAUCAGAACUUGAUUAUAAAAUAACAUCAUGGUUUUGGUAUUAUUUUUUUCAAUUUGGAGCAGCACUUGGUAAUGAAAUUUUUUAUAUAUUAUUUUUUCCAACAUGGAUAUGGAAUGUUGAUGGGGCUGUAGCAAGAAAAAUUUCAAUUCUUUGGGCAUUUUUUAUGUAUAUCGGACAAGCAACAAAAGAUAUUUUAGCGAUACCACGACCAGCAUCUCCACCAGUAUUAAAAUUAGAAAAACGUUAUGUUGAAGAAUAUGGUUUUCCUUCUACACAUGCAAUGUUUGCAGCUGGUAUACCACUAUCACUUGUACUUCUAUCAAUUCAACGAUAUGAUUUUAAUCUAUGGCUUGGAUUGAGUUGUGCAGCAAUUGUAUGUGUUUGGGUGUGUCUUAGUCGAAUCUAUCUUGGCAUGCAUACAUUCCUUGAUAUUAUUACCGGUACAUUAUAUGCUUUGUUAUUGGUUUAUAUAAUGUUUCCAUAUGUGGAUGCAAUUGAUAAUUUUCAAUUAAAUUAUUCAUUUUCUCCUAUACUUAAUUUUUGUAUUGGAAUCAUUUUAAUCAAAUGUUAUCCUAGUUUAAAACAAUGGUCAACAGCUCGUUCAGAUACAACCGUUAUAUUAGGUAGCGCAUUUGGUUUAUGUUCAGCAACAACUGCUAUGCAUCAAAUAGGCCUUUUACAAAGACCAUUAACACCACCAAUUUAUGCUAUUAUAGCACCUAAUUUAGGUUUAUGUAUUGUACGGACAAUAAUUGGCAUGUUAUUCGUUUAUGCUACACGACAAAUUGUUAAAACACUUGUUUUACGUAUAACAUGUGCAAUCUAUGGACUUGAUUGGAAAAAUCCUGAGACAAAACGUUUAGCAAAAGUUGAAAUGCCCUAUUAUUAUUUAACUUAUUAUGCUAUUGGAUUUAAUAUAUCUUUUAUAUGUCCGUUAUUUUUUCGAGCUAUUGGAAUCAAUCGAGAUUAUAGUUAUACAGAAUUAUGA